ACUGUACUCCGAUACUCAAACCACCAACAAUCCAAACAGCAAAUUUCCAAUGGCAUUUUGGCACCGCCUCUUCACCACCAUCAGCACCAAAACCAAACUACUAUCUCCACCAAAAACCCUUCUCACCACCACUCUAACCCUCACGCACCUCUUAAACUCUAAGCCUAAACCCCAUUUCCUCUCUCUCUUUACCUCCCACUUCUCAACCUCAUUCCUCAUCACCAAAACCCCCAAGAAACACAAGAAAAAACGUGAUAAAAAACCCAGCCCAAGAACCAAGCUGGUCCAACAUCAAUCCAAUCUCAUUCCCCACUUCGAAAACAUCCUCCUUCGCGAUGCCCACUUCAGAUUCCUCGUCAAAACCAAAGAAUUCCUCGCCAAACAGCCCGAACAUGUACUCCGCCUCGACGACGCCGGCAAACUCCACCGUGAAUUGGGCUUCUCCCGCGGCCGGAAAGUCCUCCGCUUCAUUCAACGCCACCCUUUAAUUUUUGAAGCGUAUAGGCACAGUGAUGGUAAGUUCUGGUUCGGAUUUACAGACUUUAUGGAAUCUUUGUUAGAUCAAGAACGUAGAAUUAUGGAUGAAAUGGAAGAAAAUAGAGUGGCCAUUGUUAGGAAAUUGUUAAUGAUGUCGGCAGAAAAAAGAAUUCCCCUGAGCAAGAUUUACCAUAAUAGGUUGUUAUUUGGUAUUCCGGAGGAUUUCAGGGACAGGGUGGUGAAGUAUCCGAAUUUUUUCAAGAUUGUGGUUGAGCAUGACGGGAAAAGAGUCCUUGAGCUUUUGAAUUGGGACCCUUUAUUGUCUGUGAGUGCAUUGGAGAGAGAGUUUAUGGUUGAUGAGGAUAAAGUGAAAAAGGCCUUCAAGUUUCCGGUGAAGCAUGGGAAGGCAUUGGAUUUGGACGAGGAUGAUGAAAGGAAGUUGAAUUUGUUGAAUACAUUGCCAUUGGUGUCGCCUUAUUCGGAUGGGAGUAAGUUGGAUUUGUGGACUUUGGAGGCAGAGAAGUAUAGGGUUGGGAUGAUUCAUGAGUUCUUGAGCUUGACAUUGGAGAAGAGGGCUUCCAUACAUCAUAUUGUGGAGUUUAAAGAAGAGUUGAGUCUUACUAAGCAUACUUAUCAGAUGCUUUUGAAGCAGCCGAGAACAUUUUACUUGGCUGGCACGGAAAUGAAUUGGGUUGUUUUCUUAAAGGAUGCUUAUGGGAAAGAUGGUGAAUUGAUGAAUAAGGAUCCACUGGUAGAAUUCAAUGAGAAGUUGUGUAGAUAUGCAGAUAUGCAAGAGACGGAAUCAGGAACUGAAUUCAGUAAGAAAUGAAAUGGUCAUUGAGAAUUGAAUGGUUUGCUCGAUUAUAUUCGAGUGGGAGUUUCUGGACAACAGUUGCCAGAUUGAAAGAGACAACAAACAUCAUUGAGCAUACAAGGAGGGGCAGGGAAAAAAAAACGGAGUGAGGCAACAUUACGAUGUGCACAUUUGAGAUAGUCAUAUUACCAAUGAACUUCUCAAGCCAUGGGAUACGUUAUGUAGGUGUACGUGUGGGAAUACUUUUUUGCAUGUGCGUGCGCAUGCACGGGUGUGAGCAAAUCCGUACAUGUGUGUACCAGAGAGAGAGAGAUUGUGGAUAACUGCAUACAAACAUGACAUGGUGAAUAUGGUGCGGACUUCUUGAAGUAGUUCAUGACUUUGUCGUGCUUUGAACAGAUUAAGCCAGGAUGACAUCCUGUGGGGAAUAAACAUGGGUACUGUAGUGUACUGUAGAGAGAGUUUUCUGGGGUCAGACACUCAGAGGGGGCCAGGCUCCUGCCAAUGGAUAAU